CACAAACUUAAACACAAACACUUUCUCUCUGGUUUAAUUAAACCCCCUUAAACCUACAUGAACACCCUCUUAUCUUUUUAAGGUCACGAGACCCACUUUGCUAAUUUAGUUUCCACACGCAGAGAGAGAAACAAAGAGAGAGAGAGAUGGGAGGGAGGGUUUGUGGCAGAUAAACUGAUAGAAAACUUUCGAACCUCUCUUAUUUAACUUUUACUACUCUCUACGUUUUUCUCUUCCUUUUGUGGUGCCGCCUCCAACUGAAAGUCUUCUAAAAUAUAUUCUCAAUUAUUGUAGCUCUCUUCGGGAGAAGUCUUAUCUCACGCCAAUCUCACUAUGAGGCAUGAGGAGAAUUACUUAGACCUCAACAAUCUUCCAGAUGAUUCUUCUAAAGAUGGCAAUAAGCAAGCCCUCGAGGAAGGUUCUUCCUCUGGUCAAAGAAAGAAGAAAGGUAGUAAAGAUAGGAAAGAUGAGAGUGGGAAGGUGUACGAAUGUCGAUUUUGUUCACUCAAGUUCUGCAAAUCCCAAGCUCUUGGUGGCCACAUGAAUCGCCACCGACAAGAGAGGGAGACCGAGACAUUGAAUCAAGCUCGUCAAUUGGUCUACCGUAACGAUACCAUAACCCCACCUGGAAUUUCACCUUUCGGCUAUCACACUACAGAUCCAACAAUAUACCGGUCGGUUUACUCAUCACCAAUGCUAUACCCCGGAAGCUCCUCAACAAACUUGGUUCCACAACCGCCCAUGCCGCCGCCGCCGCCGCCGCCGCCAUAUCCAUACUCUUCAAACCAAUACUCUCCUCACAACCACUUCAACGACUACUACUUAAACCCAUCUUUCCGAGCGAGCAGAAGCAUCUCUCCAAACCCUAACCUCCCCGCCGCAACCACUGUUAAUUACAUGGCCGAUAGUCCUGUGGAACCGAGCUGCUACACUUGUGUAGGUGCACCCGUUGGUCCGACCGGUUUCCCUAGCCGUGACUCCGCCAGCGUCCGUGCGCCGCUCGAACCGCCACAAGGUCGUGAUAGUGACGCUUCACGGCAGCGUUUGGAUCAGUCUCUUAGGUUCCCCAUCAAUCGGUUCCAAGAUCAUCACUUGCUCUGAAAUAUUAAAAUAGAUUCCCUCUGCUUUUCUUUUUCUUUAUCUUCUUUUGUUAUUUUGGGUAUUUUUCUUCUCUUAAUUUGUAACUUUGUUGGUUCUAUGUAAAAGUGGGAUCAAGAAUUGUCUAAACGUUAUGGAUCCUACAUGUGUUAUUACCAACCACAAUGACCUGUUUUGCUGUUUUUUGUUUGUCUAGUUGAAUAUCUAUAUUUAAUCUCAAACGGUUUUGUUUUGUGAUUAUUAUUGGUAUAUCUAAACAUUAUGAUUUGUGUAGUACUCGAAUUUAGUGCGGUAUAAAUACAAAAAUAAAAAAUUAUCGUACUGAAUCGCAGAUGCAAAACGAUGUUAAACCAAUUCAUUUAAGACUAAAGUUAACAUAGUUAGAAGAUGAGAGGGACCAUCAUGGAUGUGUACUAUUGGGUAUAAAUUAAAAGGUGAACGUUUAACAAAGUUUCCAUUUAUGGAUACACAAUGGAAGUGAUUACUAUAAGCUAAAAAUAAAGCUUUUGCAAUAUAUAAUAUUAGAGAACAACGAGAGGACAGAGGAACCGGACAAAUGGGAGAGAGAGAGAGAGAGAGAGAGAGAGAGAGAUUGUCUUGAUAAUAAUAUAUGAUACAAUGUGUAGUGAGAUUGGAACAGCCUUUAUCUGAGCUCAUCUAGAACUCUCAGCUACUUUGGCCUGAAGCUAGGUGUGAGGAUUGGGGAUUGGAGGGACUUGGUUUAUGGGUUUUAGCGUUGGUUGUUCAAAAUCAAAAAUUUAAAAGGACAUUUUGUUACAUAUAAAGUUAUAAAGUGUAAGAAAGAAGUAACUAGAUCCAGAUGGAGACCGUUAGAUGCAAGCUGAAUUCCCCUAACUAGUUAAACUUCCCUUUUGCAUUAUCAGCUCCACUCUAGUUCCUAUCAACAACUACUUCGAUUUUUCUUUAUUUUUUUUUAAAAAAAAAUCCUAUUAAAAAGCUACACUACUCGAUUUUUGUUAUAAAAGAAAUUUUUGUUCAUCCAACACUGACCAACAAUUACGCCCUCUUUACAUGCCACAUAUUUAUUUGUUAUCCAUAAUCGGCUAAUUUUUUUAUUACACUCCAAUAUUAUACAACUAUAUUGAUACCAUAAAGACAAAUCCAUACUAUUAAAGCAGAAGUAUGCACUAGAUUCAAAUUGGACGAUGACUUUGUUUUGGUCCGUUUUCAUUAAAAAUGAUUCGAGAAUCACUUAAUUUCAUUAAAUUAUCCUACAGUUUCGAUUUCAAUAAAUGACCAUUAUACCCCUUAAUCUCCCACUCAAUUACGACCGGGUCGGGACGCGGACCCUCUUUAAUCCAGUAAUAGAAGAAAUAAAACUAUAGGAUCCGUUCGUAAUUCGGGAUUAUAAUAUUCGGAUCCUGUUUCUUAAUUAGUUCAAGAGUAGUUAAGCACACAACCAAACAAAUUUAUUUUUAUUAUGCAAACACUCGGACUUCAUUAUCUUUUAAGGUAUUUAAAUUAAAACCAUAUAUUGUAAUUACCAAAUAUUAUGAUAAUUGUUUAAUUACCGAGAUCGAUCUUAACAAAUAAUCUUUCAGUAUAAUGUUUUAAAAGGAAUAUUUGGUGAUUCAGUUAUAAUAUUUUUAAACGAAUAUUCAUCUUACCAAAUCUUACUAAAUUGCUUGAUUUCGACAAUUAUUAUUAUUCUCUAAUCUUUCACGAUAAAAUUUUUAAAAGAAUAUUGAUCUUUCAGUUCUAACGAAUCAAGGAAGUAAAUAUAUUUUGCGUAUAUUAGAAAUAUCAAAUCUUAACUUCUAAAUGAUAACCUAAAUAUACAUAAUCUGACUAUAUAAAUAUAUUGAGAGCCACCUAUUAAAAGAUUAUACUAAAAGAAGACAUUUUAAAUUCGUUAGACAAAAUGAUGGCUCUCCCCCUUUCAUACACUCCCUUGGAAGAUCUGAAACCAUACAAAAAUGCUUGGCGUAUUCAAGUUAAAAUUCUCCACAGUUGGAGAAUGAAUACCGCUAAAGUUGGUGAAACUUAUCCUGGCUGACGAAACAAUAUGUAUUUAAAAUAUCACUAUAAUAUUCCUUUACUAAUAGGUUAAUAUCAAUUCAUUAUAACUGUUUUUUUUUUGGUUUAUAUAGGGUGACAAAAUAGGAGUUUCUGUAAGAAAGGAUCAUAUCAAGAAGUUUGAAGCUGAUUUGGAGUCUCGAACUUGGAAAAUUAUAACAACUUUUGGUUUGAAUCUCUGUACAGGCUACUUGCGACCUUCUCUUAUAAAGUAUAAGAUCAAUACCAGAUAUGGUAUCACAAUUAUUCCUUCUGAUAAUGUAUCUGAUGAUCACUACCUAUCAUUCACAUCGUUUGAUAUUAUACUUGCUGGAAAUCUUGACAAAAAUGUGCUGCUAGGUAUUUUAAGAAUACAUAUAUUUUUUCUACUUUAGAAGGAUGAAUUUAUUGAAGCGAUGGAUACUGGCAGUUGGAGAAGGAAAAAUUAAUGAGCCUAAUGAUGGUGUGUGUGAAUUAGAUUUCCCACAAGAGUUACUUAUUCCAGAGGGUUCCUCUCCGUUAGAGUCAAUCAUUGAAGCUGUUUACGGAAAGAACUUUGCCACCCAAAAGGAUCCUAAAUUUUUCCAAGAAAGAGCUAUUCUUUGCCCUACCAAUGAAGAUGUCAAUUCUAUCAAUGAUGUCAUGUUAUCAAGUCUAAACGGUUAGUUAAUCUUUAAUCGUCCUUUAUUUAUUGUUAGUAAUCCUUCAGACAUAAUUCUUCGUAUUCAUUUAUUUUGGUUUUGUUUUUUCUUAUGUUUUCAGCUGAAGAAAGAAUUUAUUUAAGUUCUGAUUCAAGUGACCCUCAAGAUAAACGUGCCAUGAAAAAUAAGGUUUACUCACCAGAUUUCCUUAAUACCAUUAAGGUUUCGGGGAUACCUUAUCAUCAGCUUCGUUUGAAAAUAGUUUGUCCAAUUAUGUUGAUGAGAAAUAUUGAUCCGCAUGGUGGUUUAAUGAAUGGUACAAGACUGCAGAUCACGCAAAUGGCGGACCAUGUUUUACAAUAUCGGAUUUUAACUGAUACGCGAGUUGGUAAGAUAGUUCUCAUACCUAGGAUGUUGAUAUCACCAUCAGAUGCUAGGUUGCUUUUCAAAAUGCGUCGAAGAUAGUUCCCAGUGUCAGUUGCUUUUGCAAUGACUAUCAAUAAGAGUCAAGGACAGUCUCUUGAAAAUGUUGGUAUAUACUUGUCUAGACCCGUUUUCUCACAUGGUCAGUUAUAUUUAGCAAUGUCAAGGGUUAAAUCAAAGUCUGGAUUGAAGAUGUUAAUAACAGAUAGUGAGGGAAAACCUCAAACAAAGACAACCAAUGUUGUUUUUAAAGAGGUUUUCCAAAAUCUUCAUUAGGAAGUGGAAUGGUAAUUACUUCCUAAAUUUUUGGUAUAUUAUAAUUUCGUUUGACUAAUAUCUAUACUACUAACUCUAUAUUUAUUCUAUUUUGGUCUACAGGUUAAAUACAAUAAAUGGUUGAAGGGGUUAAGGAAUAAAUAUGAUACCUCGUCUAAUGUUACUAUUUUUUUUUUUUUUUCUGAUUGUUUACUUUGGAUAUUAAAGAUUCAUAAACACAAAUUAUUAUUAUUGCUUUAAAUCUAUCUUCGAACACAAAUUAACAAAACUAUAGUCCAAUAUUUCUGUGUCCAUAAUCUCUUAAGAACCUACUAUCCGAUAUUGUAGAAGAUAUAUCAUCUUACAUAUCUCUAUUCAAUAUUGUUGUGUGUUUGAUUCCGUAAGAAGCUAUAUUAUGCAAAGUACCUACUCAAUCAAGAGACUGAAUUACCAUAUAUCCACAAAUAUAUAAAUAAACACUAUAUAAACUUCGAAAAUAAGUAUGGAUACCUAACUCAGUAAAAAAAAAGGAAAAUUAACAAAACAAAUUACUGAAAAUAAAUAUAAUCUCGUGCUCUAGCACGGGUUAUCUCUUAGUAUAACUUUAAACCAAAGAACCUCGUUCGAAGAAAUAUAUAUAGUGAAAAUAUUUCUUUUGGAUGAUAAAAAAACAUGGUGAUAAUUUAUUGAAAUUCUUGUUGAGACAUUAUAUGUGGCAGGGGGUAAGGGCAAGAUUAUCGGUAGGUUCAUAUAAGGAGGAUCUUAAACACUGUUUGAUUUUUUUAUGAAUUAAUUGUAUA